CUCACAGAAGGAUGUACCAAUGAGCUAAGAGGAGGAGCGGGCUCCGCGCGGGACCACUACUGAGACGCCGGUGCUGGGAGGCACUGGUCACGACGUAGGGCGGCCUGCGAUGAAGCCGAGCGUGUUACCUGAUUCCUCAUCUUGGGAAGAACUCUCCGAGAGAGACAGAGUGAGUGAGAUGGAUUCGAUGCCACAAUCCUCCAGCCUCCAUAGGUUUUUGCCAUUGGACGGGUGCCACCACGCCCCAGGAAGAACUGAACUCAAGUGGUUCAACCUUUUCUUCCCUGUCUUUUGGGAUCUACCUACCUGCCUGCAGAAGCCGAUUUCAAUACAAACAAGUGAAUUUGAUUCAUCAGAUGAAGAGCCUAUUGAAGAUGAACAAACUCCAAUUCAGAUAUCAUGGCUACCUCUGUCACAAGUGAAUUGUUCUCAGUUUCUUGGCUUAUGUGCUCUUCCAGGUUGCAAAUUUAAAGAUGUUAGAAGAAAUAUCCAAAAAGAUACAGAAGAACUAAAGAACUAUGGUAUACAAGACAUAUUUGUUUUCUGCACCAGAGGGGAACUGUCAAAAUAUAGAGUCCCAAAUCUCUUGAACUUCUACCAGCAGUAUGGAAUUAUCACUCAUCAUCAUCCAAUCCCAGAUGGAGGGACUCCUGACAUAGCCAGCUGCUGUGAAAUAAUGGAGGAGCUUGCAAUCUGCGUUAAAAAUAACCGAAAAACCCUAAUACAUUGUUAUGGAGGACUUGGGAGAUCUUGUCUUGCUGCUUGUCUCCUACUAUACCUGUCUGACACAGUGUCACCACAGCAAGCCAUAGACAGCAUGCGAGACCUGAGAGGAUCUGGGGCCAUACAGACCAUAAAGCAAUAUAAUUAUCUUCAUGAGUUCCGGGACAAACUAGCUGCACAUCUAUCUUCAAGAGAUUCACUAUUACGAUCUGUAUCAAGAUAAAGAAGAUUUUUGAAUAAUGUGUAUGUGACAUGUCUGAAAUCUAAGAGUCCUCUAGCAUCUUUAUUGAAAUGAAACUAGUGUUAUCAACUCAAAUGUAAAUGUGCAGAUAUUCCUAAAGAUUUUAUUGAUAUAAUUAUGUCUCUUCCAUUUCUUAUAACAAAGGAAUAGAAAAAUUGGUAUACAAUUUCCCUCAUUGGUAUACAACGGCUGGUCUGGUCUAUUUUAUGUGGAGAUGCUGGGGGAAAUGUCUAUGGGUACAUAUUUUUGUUAUUUACCACUAAUCUCAUUUUACUACUUGUUAAGUAUUGGGGGCCAUAUGACAUGGUAGUAUGAAAAUUAGUUAUGAGUAUUCAAGCUUACAUUGACUUUUUAUUGCUCUAUUUCUUCCUUUGUUUUUUCUACUUCAUAGACUUACAGAUCUUUUUUUGGGUCGGGGGGGAGGUUUUUGCUAUAGGACGCGUGCGCUUGCCAGAAAGAGAGAGACAGAGACA